CAUGGUGAUGUCAAAUUGCUCUGUGGUGACUGCCUUGGUUCCAAAUUCGGUGUUUCUUUUGACGUGUUUUGUGUUUGAUUACGUUGCAGGUUUCAAGAUUAGGAUGCAAACAUGCAUUUGAGAACUAAAUUCUUACAUGUUUGUCUGUUGAAUAGUGUUCAUAGAAGCUAGUAGAAGUUCAAUACAACAGAGUUAAACAAUAACACAUAUAAAAGAUUACUCUUCAUUCCUAACUUGAAGUUGAUUGUCAGACUUGCAGAAAUGUAUCUGACUACAUGGGAUGAAUUCGAAAAAGCCGCCCAGAAUAUUUACCUUAAAGAUCCUAGCAGGGCAAGGUACACUAUGAAAUAUUUACAUUCCAAGAAUUUGCUGUGCAUAAAAAUGACUGAUGAUGUGGUGUGCGUUCAGUACAAAACUGAAAUUGCUCAAGAUCUGAGAAAAGUUGAAAAAUUCAUCAACAACUUGAUGAGACAUAUGACGUCAAAACCCUAAUUCAGGUGCAAUGGAUUCAAUACGUGUUGUACAGAACUGCCAUCUCGUUGAUAUUUUUAAGACGUUAAAUGUAAUAUAUAAGAAGUACUACUUAACAUAAAGAAAUUGUUUAUAUAA